UCGAGCCCUGAACGCAACGGCCUGGCCACUGCGGGAACGAUGAGGAACGCCAUGCUGAACACCUUUGACGGGCAAAAGGCCACAUCCAAUGUCCAGGGCACCGGCCAAAGCAUCAGUGUUGACAGCUUUAUUGCAGACAUGUCUGGCCAGAUGUCUUUAGGACCAUCCGGAGCAUCCGGAGGAUUCUCCCGGCUCUUCAACCCCUUUGGGCAGUCUGCGAAACCUCCAGCACCUCCAGAUCCAGCAGAUGUGAAGCUUCAAAAUCUCCGAAGUGCAGAGCCAGCUGCCGUCAAUGCGACUAUGGAAAGUCUCAAACAUCACGGCUUUGCCUGGCUGGACUUCACAAACGACAAACUGCACAGCACAGAAGUGAACACUGCACUGGCCGAGACGGGGGACUUUCUGGCCAAACAUGAGCAUCAGGGCAGUCCACAUGCCAUGGAGGGGCAUUUCAGUGCAGCCCACAAGGAUGGUCUACGAAUGGUUACUGGUUCUUGGAUGCGACAAUCUGAGAGCAAGUUGCCUGAGGACCUAGAACAGAAGGUUUUGCAGUUAGCACUAGACCUGGAUGUGGCGCAGAAAGAGGUUGUCAAAGCCUUGGCACCUGCUAUAGGAUUGCCUUCAAGCGAAGCUGUUGGCGACGGCUUUGGCAUUCCAUUGCUGUCUCCGGAGAAGGGAGCUUUCAAGCAGUACGGCCUCCUAGACAUUGUACGUUACCGGAUGGGUGCGGACAGCCCCGAUGAGGUAGUGGCACCACAUGCAGACCCUGGUUUGUUGAUCCUUAGUUUGCCAUGCUCAACGCCAGGUUUGCAACUGCGAGAUGCGAAGGGAUCCUGGCUGGCACCGCCUUCGGGCUAUGGUGUGUUGUGGGCAGGCGAAGCUGGAAGAGAUGCAAUGUUCAAAAGUGGAAUUCACCGAGUAGUUGCGUCCCCAGACAGGGCCCCACGUCUAAGUGCUUGGCACGAACUCUGUACACGUUCACAGUUGUGUCCUCCCAUGUUGCAAGUCUUAGAGGAGAAUCGCUUGCAGCUGAAACUUGGUUCAACGACAGGAACGGCUGAGGUAUUGCACUUGCUUCAAGAAAGCGAAGAUCAUCACAAUGUGCAGAUGGUACAGCGGAGAGGUGUGCCAGUGGGCAAAUCAGGUGCAAUCAUUCGGGAACAGUUCGUGCCAUGGACGGCCAACUUGGGAUUGGGGUGGCAAGGCCGUCCAGGUGCACGAGUCCAAAAGAUGGAUCUCAAAUUGGCACCUGGACAAGUCGAAAUCAUUCCACUUCAUGGAGUGGCCGACCCUACGAAAUCUACGACAUCUACGACAUCGGAUGACCCCAUGACAUCCGAUGCGUCGUUGACCCCGUGAUGUGAGCUGCGUGCCAAGUGGUUCAAGCCAUGCAGGGCUGGUUCUACGGCUACGGCCUGAGGCAACAUGAGGCAACCUGACUUGACCUUUCUGACGGUUCUUUCUGGCACUGUACAGAUAGCCUUGGAAGCACCGAUCGGAAAAGGACUUGUCAGAACUUGGUGGCUUUGCAUGAUUUUGUUUGGUCUUGUUUAUUGACAUGACAUUGUUUGUUCUGCCCAAGG